CUUAACAACCUAUGUAUGUGUGUUGUGUUUUACUAAACAAAUUUGUUAAAUCGCAAUCCCUAAAAAUUUUAUUAGUUUUUCAAAUUAUUAAUUAAUUCAUUGACUCUCGCAAUUUUAAAAUAUGUGAAGUGUUUGCGUCUUUGAGUAUACAAACGAAUACUGAUGCACUGAGAUCAAUUUUAAUUUAGGCAAACAAUUUGUUGGGAACAUGAACUGUGACCCAAUCGAAUUGAUAAAUUUAUAAAGUUAUUGCAAAUAAAAACUGUUACAAGACUCGUCAACUGGAGGAUGGGUGCGAAUGUUUCACAACUCGAACGAGAUAUUGGCUCCGACAAGUUUCCAGCUAACGAACAUUACUUUGGACUUGUAAACUUCGGCAACACCUGCUAUUCCAAUUCGGUGUUACAAGCACUGUACUUCUGCAAACCGUUCAGGGAGAAAGUGUUGGAAUAUAAAGCGAAAAAUAAGCGAACCAAAGAAACUUUGCUUUCCUGCCUGGCCGAUUUAUUUUUUAGCAUAGCUACGCAGAAGAAAAAAGUUGGUUCAAUUGCGCCCAAAAAAUUCAUCGCCAGAUUGAGGAAGGAAAAAGAGGAAUUUGACAAUUAUGUACAGCAAGACGCUCACGAAUUUCUCAACUUUCUGAUCAAUCACAUCAACGAAAUUAUUUUGGCCGAACGAAAUCAAGGUCAAAAGAAAAAUGCAACAACAAACGAACCGCCAGAACCAACUUGGGUGCAUGAAAUUUUCCAAGGAAUUUUGACGAGUGAAACUCGAUGCUUGAAUUGCGAAACGGUCAGCAGCAAAGAUGAAAACUUUUUCGAUCUGCAAGUGGAUGUGGACCAGAACACAAGUAUUACGCAUUGCCUGAGAUGUUUUAGUAACACGGAAACGUUGUGCAGCGAUAACAAGUUUAAGUGCGACAAUUGCUGCAGCUACCAAGAGGCUCAAAAACGAAUGCGUGUGAAGAAACUACCAAUGAUUCUUGCAUUACAUUUAAAACGAUUCAAAUACAUGGAACAGUAUAACAGGCACAUAAAAGUGUCACACAGAGUAGUCUUCCCGUUGGAGUUGCGACUCUUCAAUACGUCGGACGAUGCAGUUAAUCCUGACAGACUGUACGAUUUAAUGGCCGUGGUAAUUCAUUGCGGAUCCGGUCCGAAUCGCGGUCACUACAUUAGCAUAGUAAAGAGUCAUGGUUUUUGGUUGCUGUUCGAUGACGACAUGGUCGAUAAAAUUGAAGCGUCAACAAUUGAAGAUUUCUAUGGGAAUAGUCUCACGUCCGAUAUCCAGAAGUCAUCGGAAACCGGUUAUAUAUUGUUCUACCAGUCCCGUGAUUGUUCUGCUUAGGAUGUAUGCCCAUUUUUACGGUUUUAAUUCUAUUUAUUUUUGUUAUUUGUUUAGACACAAAAAAUUUGUUAUUUGUAGAGAUAUGCUUAAAAGAAAUAAA